CAUUCUUGAACCCCACGAAGCCUGAAACUACUGCAACCGAGGCAAUAUUCACCAGAACUGACCAAGAUGGGCUCGACGCAGAGGCCGGUGCGCAUUGCGAACUGCUCGGGAGCAGUGCCGGAUCCUGGCAUACACAUGUACAACCAGGCCUACUACGGCGAGGUCGAUGUGAUUACAGGUGACUAUCUGGCAGAGGUCAAUCUCGCAAACGAUGCCGAGGCAUUUGUAAAAGGCGAGCAUCCAGGUUGGUGUCAGACCGCCUGGGAUGGGAUCGAGCUGUCGGCAGAGAUCGUCGCGAAGAAGCGCAUCAAGGUCGUAAUCAAUGGAGGCUCACUCAAUCCCAAGGGAAUGGCGAUCAAGGUGCACGAAUUUGUCAAGUCGAAGAACCUGGAUCUGAAGGUGGCCUUUGUCGAAGGAGACAACUUGAUGCACAAAGUCGAUGGCAUUCUGAAUGAGGCACUUUCCCACCUCGACCAUGAGAACAGCAAUGUGCAGUUGGCCAAAGACACUCAAAGAUUCCUCCAGGAUCGCGAGAGAAUGCCCGUCAUUUCAGCAAACGCAUAUCUCGGAGGCCGGGCCAUUCGACGUGCACUCGAGGAGGGUGCCGAUAUUGUCAUCUGUGGUAGAGUUGCAGACGCAAGUCCGGUCAUUGGAGCCGCCGCAUGGUGGCAUCAAUGGGCUCCUGAUAAUUUCGAUGCUCUUGCAGGUGCCCUGGUCGCUGGUCAUCUAAUCGAGUGCUCGACAUACAUCACAGGCGCCAACUUUGCUGGAUUCGAUCGCUACCCGAUUAAUGAGCUCCUGAAUCUUGGUCUUGGUAUAGUGGAAGUGGAUGCCAACGGCGACUCAGUCGUAACGAAGCACGAAGCUCUGAACGGUUUCGUCACUGAAGACACUGUGAAGUGCCAAUUUCUAUACGAGCUUCAGGGCAACAUAUACUUGAACAGCGAUGUCAAGGCCGACGUGGGCCAGAUUACCGUCCAGCAAGUCGGCAAGAACAGGGUCAAGGUGUCAGGCAUCAAGGGGUACCCGCCGCCUUCGACGACGAAGCUGGCGAUCUUCUAUCGAGGAGGGUACCAAGCUGAACUGCUUGUGAACGCCACCGGAUAUGCAACCGCCAAGAAGUAUGAGCUUCACGAAGCGCAGCUGAAGAACCGGCUGAAGGAAUGGAACAUGCUGGACAAGUUCGACGUCCUCGACUUCCAGUGGGUUGGAAGACCGCAGCCUAACCCGACGUGCCAGCUUGCAUCGACAACAUAUCUCCGUAUCUUUGCGCAAGCCGUCGAGAAGGACGUGAUUGGCAAGAUGAUGGCUGCAUGGGCUACUAAUGUUAUGCAGCACUUUAGCGGGAUGCACAGCUCGCUAGAUAUGCGCACAGCUGCGCCGAAACCUUUCAUCGCCUUCUAUCCCGGUAUCGUUGAGCAGAAGGAUCUCGACGAAUCGUUCAGUGUGAUUGGAAGCGAUGUUUCGGAUCUACGCACGACAAAGAUAGGACCGCCAGAGAAGACCGAGAAGCUUCAGCCACGUGAGGACUAUGACACUGAGUCGCCGGUAGACAUUGCUUCCUUCGGUGAGACCGUUAUGGCGCCUUUGGGGGACGUGGCGCUUGCAAGGUCUGGCGACAAGGGGGCCAAUAUAAAUUUUGGAGCUUUUGUUCACACUCAGGAAGAGUGGGAUUGGCUCCGGACACUUCUCACCAAAGCGAAGAUGCGCGAGCUCAUGGGGACCGACUGGCAGGAUUGGUAUCAUCUCGAGCGUGUUGAGAUGCCAAACAUCAAAGCCGUGCACUUCGUCAUCUAUGGACCAUUGGGUCGAGGCGUCACCAGUUCGAAGCUGCUGGACGGGUUGGGGAAAGGAUUCACCGACUUCAUUCGAGAUGUCCAUGUACCAAUCCCGAAGAAGUUCCUCCAGGGCAAGUUGUAG